GGCCUAUAGGGAGAACAAAGGCCCGUUUCUUUUCUUCCGCCGGCGCAGCGAGAUUUAGGGUUUCUCCCUCGGAUCAACAAAGCGAGAAGAUCUGGUUUCUUCAUAUCAUCGUGUUCUUGUGGUAGGAAUUAUGAUAUAGGAGGGCAGAUCUGGGCCAGAUCUGUUAUGAAGAACAGUAGAAACAACGGAUUCGAACUGAUACGUGUGGAUUUAGCUUUUACUUGUUCAUACAAAAUGAGGCCCAUUUUCUGUGGGAACUUCGAAUAUGAUGCUCGCCAAUCUGAAUUGGAACGGCUUUUCAGCAGAUAUGGGAAGGUUGACAGGGUAGAUAUGAAAUCAGGAUUUGCUUUCAUUUACAUGGAUGAUGAAAGAGAUGCAGAGGAUGCAAUUCGGGCCCUUGACAGAACUGAGUUUGGCAGACAGGGGCGACGGCUUCGUGUUGAGUGGACAAAGCAAGAGCGUGGUGGUAGAUCUGCCAGUUCAAGAAGGUCUCCUUCUAACAUGAGGCCCACAAAGACUUUGUUUGUCAUAAACUUUGAUCCAAUCAAUACCAGAAUGAGAGACUUGGAGAGGCACUUUGAACCGUAUGGAAAAAUCUCAAAUGUUAGGAUCAGAAGAAACUUUGCAUUUAUUCACUUUGAGUUGCAGGAGGAUGCCACUAAAGCAUUGGAGGCAACAAAUAUGAGCAAAUUAAUGGAUCGGGUCAUUUCGGUGGAGUAUGCACUUCGUGACGAUGAUGACAAAAGAAAUGGGUACAGCCCUGACAGGAGAGGCAGGGAGAGAUCCCUGGAAAGGAGAGGCCGUGACACACGGCGUUCUCCAAGCCCAUAUGGCAGAGGCAGGGAGAGGGACAGUCCUGAUUAUGGGCGUGGUCCGAGUCCAUAUAACAAACCCGAGCAAAGGGGUAGUCCUAAUUACGGAAGAGAUGGAAGUCCAGGGUAUGAGAGGUACCCCAGUCAAUCUCCAAGGCAGGAAGAACAAUGAGGACUAUUCUUUGUUCUGAGCAAGUUUGCCGCACAAUUUGUGCUUAUUGAACAAUUGCUGUAAUAUCACAUUUAGAAAAAUAGUGUGUGCCAAGUACUAUUGGACUACUGCAAUGUCCGCUCUAGAGAUACUAUUGGUAUGCAAUGAUAGUAUCAGUGGUCGGAGGUUGACUUGUGUUCUUUUUGA